AUGGCCUUUGUGGAUAAAAUUACAAGGAGUAUUACUGCUAUAACAAAAACGAAAGGCACGGACGUUCAACAGGUGACCCAGUUCCACUUCACGUCAUGGCCGGAGAAGGGCGUGCCCAUAACCCCCUGGGCAUGGGUGGACUUUGAACAAAGGGUGGCAUUUAACCCCACCAGUAGACCUGUGGUCGUCCACUGCAGCGCUGGUGUUGGCCGUACAGGGACAUUUAUCGCACUGAGAAAUGUGAUGAGAGAAGCUGAGGAGACUGGACGUGUUAAUUUCUUACAGACAGUCGCCAGGCUAAGACAGGACAGGAUGAAUAUGGUACAAACAGCGGAACAAUACGAAUUUCUCCACAAAGCUGUACAAGUAGCAAUAGCAUGUAUAGGUUCCACAAUCACAGCCUAUUAUGUUGACUUGAAGGUUCAACAUCUUCUAGACAAAUCUGCGUCGGGGAAAACUAAUCUGGAUAAUGAAUUUCAUUCGGUAUGUGCUGUGAGCGCUGACUUACAGACAGCUGGUAAAGAAGAAGAAAAAGAAUUGAAGGUUUACGAAAACAACCAAGAUGUGGACUUGAUGAGGAAAAACCGGUGCCCAGAGAUUAUGCCGAAUGAGCUUUACAGAGCUAAGCUACGCAGAAGCAGACCGGAAGACAGUGAUUACAUCAACGCUGUUGUCUUUUCUAGCUUCACCAAACUUGACCAUCAACUGCUGACACAACUGCCCCUGCCAACAACUGUGGAAGACUUCUGGAGGCUGAUUGUUGAGUACAACGUCACGUUGGUGGUGGUGUUUGAUGUGGGACUUGUGCAACACGACAAGACAUUAGGUCACUACCUGCCAGCAUCAGUCAAUGAGAUGUUGAACAUCAGAGACUACACAGUGGAGCUCAAGUCAAGCAACACACAUACAUUAUGGGAGGAAAAAACUGUUGUCGUUAGAACUAUGGGAUCUCUACAGCUGAAGUCAUUCAAUACACAAGACGGCCACACUGUUCUACAUCUACAAAGUAAACUCACCACACUGGACACAAAGACGUUGCUGCAGUUUAUAAAACAAAUAAGUAAACACGCAAACAAGAAAGGAAGAGUGCUAUACAUGUGCAGCCCAGUCUAA